AUGAUAAGUGUUCUACAAAAUCAAAAUGAAUUUGAUAUUACGAUGUUCUACAAAAUCAAAAUGAAUUUGAUAUUACGAGUACUGAUAUUUCAUUGUUUCAUAAGCAUUUUAUAUGCUCAUUUUGGUCCUAAAUAUUCACCUGAACCAUUCUAUUCUCUUCCAAAUACAGUUAAUAAUCCAAAUGUGCCACUCGACAUUGAUUGUGCUCUUCGUGCUUUUGCUAUCGAAAUGGCUAAUUACAUUGCACCGCCUCCUUUCAAAAGCAACUGGACAAGUCUUGUUGAGAGUGCAAUUCAAUUCAAUCAAUGUCACAACACAUCACGUACACACCCUCACUUACAACCAUCAUCACCACUAACGAAAAGCAAUCAACAACUUUGUAAUAAUUCUUUCUAUGUUCAUCAUUCGAAAGGAAAUGAUUUCUUUGAUGGAUCAUUUCAAUAUCCAUUCCAAACGAUUCAAACUGCACUUGAUCAUGUUCGUCUUCAACGUCAAAUAAAUCCACGUCUCACACAAAAUACAUCAUGUAUCAUCAUUCGAGGUGGAACUUAUUAUCUUGGAACAAAUGCAUCAACAACUACAAGUCAAAAAGGUGUCAUUGCAUUAACAAGUAAUGAUAGUAAUCUUAUUAUCAAAAAUUAUGAAGAUGAACGAGUUAUUUUGAGUGGUGGAACAUUACUUGAUCUCAAAUGGUCAUUUCAUUCGAAGGCAUCCACUGGUGGAAAUAUUAUGAAAGCUGAAAUUCCAUUGUGGGUGAAUGUUGAUGAAUUUAAUGAAUUAUAUAUUGAUGAUCAACGAGCAAUUGUUGCUAAAUAUCCAAAUGGUGAUCCAUCAACUCAAGGAUUAUAUGCAGAUCAUCCAGGUUUUUCAUAUGAUUCACAAGGUUGGCUAUCACCUAUUCGUCGUUCAAGUGUUGAAAUUCAUGUCCAAGAACCUUAUAGAAAUGGUACCUUUUUUCCUUAUCAUCAGUUUGGUAUUGGUGGUGGUGCAUCCGUCUUUGAUCCACCGCGUAACUUUUGGAGUACAUGGUCACCACCAGCAGGUGGGAAUUAUGGUGUUCCUAGUGGUUUAGUGGUGAAAAAUGGUGCACUUCCUAAUCUUCCUAAAUGGUCUAAUCCAUCCACUGGUUUUGUUCAUGCAUUUCAUUCUGGUUAUUGGGGCAGUUGGGUAUUUGACAUUGAAUCAGUGAACAGUUCACAAAAUACAAUCGUGUUUGGUAAAGGUGGAUUUCAAGAAGCACGUGGUUCAGAUCAAGGUGGUCCAUUUUAUGUUUCGAAUAUUUUCGAAGAACUUGAUUCACCUAAUGAAUGGUUUCUUGAUCAAACAUCUCGUACUCUCUAUUUUAUGCCCAAUGACACAAUGCCGAAUGUAUUCGUUGCUAGUCAAGUACCAUGUUUGAUAUCGUUGGGUGGAAGUGAUAUCAAUGAUCCUGUCGAAAAUGUUCUUAUUCAAGGUUUAACAUUCACACAAACAAGUAAUACAUAUAUGAAAGAAUAUAUGGCACCAAGUGGUGGUGAUUGGUCUGUUCAUCGAGGUGGAACAAUUUAUAUGAGAAAUACAAAACAAAUCUCCAUUGUGCAGAAUGUAUUCACAGAAUUAGGUAGUAAUGGUAUUGCAAUAAUUGAUUAUAACGAACAGAAUUCAAUCACAUGGAAUGAAUUUGCAUGGUUAGCUGAUUCUGGUGUAAUUGUUGUUGGAACUACAAAUGGUAUUGAUGGAUAUAGUGUGAAUAGUCAACCAACGAAUAUUUUAAUUGAAUCAAAUUUAUUUCGUGAAACAGGUAUUUAUAUGAAACAAUCAUCACCAGUAUUAAUAGCAGUAAGUCGAAGUAUUCAAGUAGUGGGUAAUGUGAUGUUUAACAUGCCUCGUGCAGGUGUGAAUAUCAAUGAUGGUUAUUAUGGUAAUCAUUCUAUUAGUAGAAAUGUAAUAUUUAAUAGUGUUCGUGAAACAAGUGAUCAUGGUCCAAUAAAUACAUGGGAUCGACAACCAUAUUUAACAGAUGCUGUUCAACCAAAUGUGCCUUCAUUAUGGCAACAUGUAACUUAUAUUGAUCAUAAUGUUCUCUUCAAUAAUUAUCGUUCUGUAUGGCCGAUCGAUCAUGAUGAUGGUAGUUGUAUUUAUGAAGAUAGUUACAAUUUUCAAGUAUAUGGCGGAAAAAAAAACUAUUUAGGUCAUUCGAAAACAGAUCAUCAUGAAAUUUAUGUGUACUCAGAUUUAAGUACUGGUGGUUUCGGCAGCAAUAAUUGUCUCAAUAAUUAUGCUCCUCAACGAGGUGUUAGUGCUUGGAAUGAAAAUUGGAUUGAAAAUACAUGUAUUCUUUAUAGCCGUACUUCGCCUUAUAAUCUAGAAAACUGUGAUGUGUCUGAUCUCUAUAUACCAUAUGUUGCAUCGAACAAAAUUUAUAUUCCACCAGGUAGUCGAGAAAUAUUUUAUUGCAAAGUGAACGGUACUAUGAUGGAACUUAAUUUACAACAAUGGCAAUCAUAUGGAAUAGAUAAGGGUACCGUCGUUAAUGAUGCACCUGAUGUUAACACCAUUAUUGACUGGGGUCGUAAAAUGUUACAAGGAUAA